CAAGACACGAUAUCGUCUCUUCAGUUACAUAAAGACACGGAUGACCUUGAAGAAAAUUAAAUAGUUUAAUUCAGAAAAUUUCAAAUGUUUAUCUACUUGUACUAAUAAAGGCAUGGAAGACAGUAUGUUAUUUUCUCUCAUUAUAACAACUUUACUUUGCGGAGGUAUCGUGCCAGCGCAGGGAUGCAAGGCUAUUGACACGGCGGCAUGUGUACAGAUGUCUAAACAAAGACCGAACCUCUGCUCAGACCAAACAAUCGCGAAAAAUACAUGUCCUGCGUUCUGUAAACUAUGCCCGCCGACAUGCUAUCACUGUAACACGACAGUACAGGACUAUCAUCUAUGUACUAACACUAUGACCUGUCCAGGCGGAUCAGUAUGUAUGAGAAAGGAGCUGAAAUCUAUAUAUGAUGGACACCACGAAUAUGAAUUGACUUGUGCACAAAAACAGGAAUGUGAUAAUCCGUGGAAUGGUUCGGGCCCUUUUGGCAAAAGGGACAUAAUGCCACGUGACCUUUCUGUGACAUGCUGUAUGGAAGACCUGUGCAAUUACUAUAUACCAACUCAAAAACCAAAUUGUGUGAAAGAUUUGAUUUUAGUCGUUGACGAAACGGACAGGAUUCAACCAUAUGAAAAUACUUUGAUUUCGUUUUUAAACAAUGUCGUUUCGAGUCUGCCAGUGAAUGAAGCGGAAAUCCACGUGGCAUUAGGCCUGUUUUCUAAUAGCUUCAGACCUAUAUUCGACCUUAAUGAACUCCACUCUAAGUCCGAAACACUAAAUGCUCUAAAUAGCCAGACGCUUUCAGGUGCAGAUCGUGGAGAUACACAAGAAGCCUUAAACUACAUUCUUGAACAUGCGCUCACACCAGCUUCCGGUGACAGACCGGCAGUCUAAAAUGUUGUACUCAUAGUAACAACUCACGGUGCGGCAAGAUCGGCAAAGGUGUUAAUUAAAGAAAACCAAGUACAUAUUAGGGCAGAGGUCAUAUUAGUGCAAUUUGGACAUGCAGACUUCCAGAACCUGGCAUCCGGCACCAGCCACGACUUCCAUCUGUCGUCAGGAAACCAGCUGCACCAAAUAGUACAAAAUGUGACAAGUUUAAUAUGCUGACAUUUUCAAUUUGAUGUAGAAUAAACUUAAUCGCAUCAUAAAUAUCGUAUUUUCGUUAAUGUG